CAAGUCUCCGAGCUCACUCGCUUUUUGUCGUCAUUUUGCAUUUUACCGACUCGGGAGCAUGACAAAGCGGAUCAUGGAAGAGGAACGGGAGACGAAGCGCGUCAAACUGGUACACGCCGCUAUCAUCAACGCCCACAGCGUCUCCGUGCAACGACGCCUGCGAAAGAUGAGCGAAGAGUUCCAACCGUCCAGCUUCGGCUUCCACGUGCAAGCACGCUUGCUCUGCGUGGGCAUGUCGGUCGUAUACCGGGUAUCCCUCUCGUUGACUAUAUCAAGCACGUGCAUAUCGAGGACAGCAAGCGGCUCGACGACACUGGCGGCUUCCAGCGGCGGACACACGACACAAUCAUCGUGGGUAAUCGCAAUGAGCCAGAACAAGUUUUGUGGGUUUUACGCCCACGUCAACUCCAUCCUGUACCAUCCAACCGUGAUACAACACCUCACCCCACCAGUGGAUAUCCAGCAGGAUCAAGACGUUGUCGUCGAAUGGAAACCUUUCGAGGUAUUCCUACGAAUCCUGACCGAGAUAAUCCAACGGUACGAAGAUCUACAAUAUGUGGCUUUCUCCAUCCAAGCAGAUGCCAACACUAUGAACGCAAGUAAAAUGCAGCUCCAGGGUUUUUUAUCGGACUGCUGGAGAGCACUGGAGGUAAUUGCUCCAGCGAUUGUGGUGGAGCCGUAUCUUCCAGCACCACUUGGUCGUGAGGUACUGAGCAUCUUUGUGCUGAUGCGAGACUUCCUUUCUCUCCCUGAAAGCGUGUUAGAUGCCAAUUGCACUUACGCGAAUGCCAUCCUCAGUCUCCAAGAUGUUGAAGGUUUACUACCAACGCAUUCUGAGCAUUCGUGCAGUAUAUGCCUCGAGUCCCUCGUCUCAAGUGAAAUGAAGGAGAUAGCAGUUCCCGAUGGUGAUCAAGACAGCAGCAAUAGCGACAGUGAUCAUGACAAUAGUACCAGCAGCAACAAUAGUGACGACAGAGAUGCCGUCUUACCUGCUUGCAACAACUUUUCUGUCAAAUUGCCAUGUGAGCACGUUUAUCAUGAAAACUGUAUCAUGUCGUGGUUGCGCCACAACCCAAGCUGUCCGGAAUGCCGCGCUCCGGUCGGUGCCAACCUGUAGACUUGUCGAUACUAACACUAGUAGAGCACGGGAGACUACAAUAAGAGAAUCUGCAAUUGUA